AGGAGGAACCUCUCCAGCUUUGAGGAGCCAGUCGAUCAGGGGCAUGCACAGCUAAAGGAGAGGCAUGGGAAAGGGGGAGAGGAAACGCUGACACUGGCUGCUGAGGAUGUACUGGCAGGCAAGAAAUGCUCCCUGUUUCCACAGUUAAGUUGGCGGAGGGAUGGAUGGAGUGAUGGACCUGCCUGAGCCAUGAAAGGAGGAACCAACAUGAAGUUUGCUGGGAAGCCUGUGUAUGUUUUUGUGCUGCUUGCCAUCACCAUGGUCAUGAAAUUAGCAGGGAACAGCACAAUGUUAGUGACCGUAGGUAACAGCUUGGUUCUCAACUGCCCUAUCAAAGGACAAAUAAGUAUGCUAAGAUGGACAAUAACCCCCAAGGCUGGAGGCCCUUGCACCUUGGUAUACAGGACUGAUAAAAACAUGACACACAGAACAAACUGCAGUGACAACAUAGAUUGGAAAUUCAUAGCAGGUCCGGCUGCUGCCCUUGAGAUACAGCAAGUGGAACUAGCCCAGGAGGGAAAUUACAGCUGUGAAGUGGCAUCAACAGAUGGGAAUUUCCUCACGAUGUACCACCUGACUGUGCUGGCCCCCCCGAGGCUGAGCCUGUACUGUGAUGAGCAGGGCAGCCCGGUGUGCGAGGCAGCCGCGGGGAAACCACCGGCGCAGCUCUCGUGGGUCCCGGAGAGCAUCUUCUCUGCAGAGGAGACAGGCCACCACAACGGGACAGUGACUGUUCUCAGCAAGUUCACAGCGUGUAGCACCAAUGUAACCAAUGUCACCAGCUGCAUGGUGUCCCACCCAGCUGGGAACUGGAGCCAGUCCAUAGCCUGCUGUCCCUCAGAGAAAACCAACUUUUUCCUGUAUGCCGGCAUCAUUACUUGUGCUCUGAUCAUUAUCACCUUGCUGGCUGUCAUUUACUAUUUGAAGCUCCACAUUUAUAGACCAUGCUACAAAACCAAGCCUCCUGAAAUUGCUCCUAUACAUUCCCAACAGGAUGACACGAUGGAAGUGGAACCCUAUACUACUUAUGUGCAGAAGGAAAAUGUAAUUUACAACUCAGUGUCUGACCUGACAGUGGGGCAGAAUCUUCCACAAGACCUGUGUUCAGAAACAUGAGUGAUUCAAUAACCCCAGAAAAGGAAAGAGAUACUUUAUAGAAGACUGGUUAUAGAAAGAAACUUCUCAAAAAAUUUCCUCAGACUUUGGAGCACCAUAGAUCACUAGGUCUAUUCAAACACCUCUGCUUUCUGAUGAGUCCAUAAGUUCUUUUUUCCCCGUUUUCGUUUCUUCCUUGGUAAAAUGUGUUAUUCUUGGGAAGAUGUGACUGACCACAUACCAUAGUUUUUCCUGGAAAAGAAGUUGUGACCAGUCUUCCCUUUGCUGUUCUUGCCUUGGAGAUCCUAGUUUUGUCAGUCACUUGUAGUUGUUACUUGGAUGCAGUUGACACUAUGAUGCACAAGUUUGGGAGACCAGAGGAGUGUUCUGUCUCAACUAAAACAAAACACUCUUCCACCAACAGCCACUUUUUUCUAAUAUGUAUGUUAGUAACACAUUACCUGGGUACUGAUCUUCACUGAAUACCUCAAAUAGCAGAAGAAUAGUAGGGAAGACUUAGUUCUGAAAAUGGAAAUAGGGAUAAAUUUAGAAGGUCAUCCACUAAGAAGGAGACUGCACUAGCAUGACUAAUUCACUUCUUAGGUUCAUAUCCAGUAUUUCGAUAUGCCAUUAUGGGAUGCCAUCCAGAAGAAUCUGGACAAGAUAGGUAAGUGAGUCAAUGGGAAUCUCAUGAGAUUUAACAAGACCAAGUGCAAGGUGCUGCACCUGGACUGGGACAACCUCUGGUAUCCACACAGGAUGGGGCAUGAAUGGAUCGAGAGCAGCCCUUCUGAGAAGGGCUUGGGAUGAAUCAGAGUCUGGCCAUGAGCCAGCAAAGUGCACUUGCAUCCCAGAAAACCAAAUGUGCCCUGGGCUGCAUCCAAAGCAGCAUGGCUGGCAGGGGAAGGAGGGGAUUCUGCUCCUCUGUUCUGCUCUUGUGAGACCCCACCUGCAGAGUUGCACCCAGCUCUGAGGUCCCCAGCACAACCAGGACAUUGACCUGUUGGAGUAGAUCCAGAGGAGGCCAUCAAGAUGAUUAGAGGGACAGAACACCUCUCCUGUGAGGAAAGGCUGAGAGAGUUGGGACUGUUCAGCCUGGAAGAGAGUAGGCUUUGGGGUGACUGAAUUGUGGCCUUCCAGUACCUGAAGAGAACCUGCAAGAAAGAUGGAGAUGGACUUAUACAAGAGCAUGCAGUGACAGGGCAGUGGGGAAUGGAUUCACACUGAAAGAGAGUAGGUUUAGAUUAGAUAUCAGGAGGAAAUUUCUUUGAGGGUGGUGAGACACUGGAGCAGGUUGC